AUGGCCCCAGGACGGGCCUGGCGGCUUGUUAUUCUGUGCUGGUGCAGGGCAGACACAGGCAGACUGGAGGUGCCCAAGGGCCUGCCCGUGCCCACGGCUUGUGGAGCUCUCAGAGCCUCCCGCUCAUUUGCCACGGCGUGCUCUUGUGCUGCGGAAGUCUUCUCAGAGGGUCAGGGGAGGCCUGGGUGGGGACAGGGACCCUGUGCCGCCUCGAGCAGCAGCCCUGAGUGCCAAGAGGUGGCAGCGUUCAUGGGUGUGCAGUCAGAGUUCUUUCGGGGCCCCGGCCACGUGCCGGGCUUGGCUCUGGCUGUGGGGGUAGGUAGGAACACUACGGAUUGUGGGCUUGCUCAGGGGACCUCUGGGAGGGCCUGGAGCAAGAAGGGCUGCCACCCACCCCAUUUCACCACCCCAUGUUGCCUGCCACCCCUGGACUCACACCCCUCCCAUCUCCUGCAUCCUGUGCCCUGGUCCCACCCACCCUCGCGCCUCAGGAAGCUGCCCGGCUGCCCCUUCUACCCGCUCCACACCCAGCAUGCUUCUCCUGCGCCGGCCUGGAGGCUCCAGGCAGCCAUGAGCACCGUGAGUCGUCUGCUGUCCCUUGACUGCUGCGCCCCUCAGAACAAAGUGCCCUGCGGCUCCUCCUGGUCCCGACUUUGUCGCCACAGACCCUGCUCUCCUCCCAGAAUUGCCGCCCCACACCCCCUCUCAGAGCCUCCACUCCCACUCUUCCCCAGAUGGCUCCCCCACAGGGUUGUCAGUGACCUUUCACAGGGUCAAGUCUUGGUCUUCCUUGCUUCUCAUAUCCCCAUUUUGCAGAAGAGGAAACUGAGGCUCAGAGAGGCAAGGCAGGGUCAUCAUCGUGACUGGAAAUGCUGGGAUUCAUACCCAGACCCUCAAACUCCCAGCACUUCACCUCUUUUGGCCCCACCCAGGAUCCUGCUUCAGAUGCCCCCUCAUCAGUGCUCCCCUGAAGCCCUGGGGGCAUCUCAGAGCUCACCUUGA